CCCCAAUUUGAUCAUAAAAGCUUCAGAAGAAGCACCUGCAAGUGCAGAAUCCAAAACAAGAAGUACAUGUCUCCUCUGAUACGCAUCCUAUAUCCGAUUUUCAUACCUUCGAUGUUCUUCGAUAGAUACUCAAGCUCCCGCAUCUGAAACCCUAUACAUCCAUCCACUCCUCGAGACAUCUCUCCACGAGAACCGUCUUCAGUCUUCGAGCCUUGCUAGACCAUCACCAUAUCAAUAUGCAUAAAGCACUCACCAUGGCUUCCCUCAAGUGCCACUCAGUCUUCGACGUCCAGCGACGAGCUCCAAAUGGAUGUACCUUCUCAUCUCUCAAUCAAUCCCGACUCCGACGAUGAUACUCCAUCCCAAACAUCAGACAACGCACGCCCGCGCUCCUUCCUCCGCAUCGCCGCUCUCGUCGUCCUCCCCAUCCUCUUCCUGAUCCUAUUCCUGAUCAGCGAGACCGCAAUCCUGAUCUACUCAUUCGCUCUGCACGAGCGAAUUCCCGACCCCUUCCUCAUCAGCACCGCGAUCGCAUUCGCUAUCAUUAUCUCCCUAGCGAUUUUCCUCAACAUCCUUCUAUAUUUCAGAAAGCGCGCGGAAAGCGAUGGGAGCGCGAGAGGUAGGUGGAGAAUGUGGUUGGUGAAGUAUGAGGAGCAGAGUUUGGCCUUUACGGAAUUUUGGAAGAGGAGGAAGAUGAAGGAGAGGCGGCGCAAGGCAAGGAGUCCGGGCAGUAUGGUCUUCAGAUAUGCAUAUCGGUUUUUGAUUACGUAUAGAGGCCCGAGAUGGGGGUCGGGAUCGGGAUCAGGAUCAGGAUCAGAAUCGCAGAGUUCUUCGAGGGGUUCUAAGGGAUCUCAUAGGCGGGGAGGGCUGGGAGAGACGGGGCGGCGACACGGGAUGGACGAUAUCAGGAGGCAAGAGGAGGGCAGGAUUCCGAGCGAGCUUUCGUCCAUGAGAUCCCAUCAACUUCAACGCACCCAGCUCCAGAAUCCACCAGUUCGGCCAAUGCCUCCGCCAGCCCAUCUCUCGACUCAGCAAGUUUCCGCAUCUCCACUACCUCAGCAUCCUGCCGCUGUGCACACACCUAGGAACCUACCACCCAACCUCCGAGCCUAUCAGGAUUCCUUCAUCAUCCACGGCUCUCUCCCAAACAACCCCCAAGCUUCUCGAACCCAACGUCGCAGAUACGACCCCGAUCCCACUACUCCUCGAAUAUCCUAUCUCCCCUUCCAUCCUACCCCAUCCGCACGCGCGUUCUCUCCAUCUCCAACCCCCAGCUUUCUUCUCCCUCCUCUCCCGCCUGUUACCCAUCACGUACCCAGCGCCCACGCACAAUACAGCUACAUCCGCUCACCCACAGGCGCCACGUCCUGGGGCCUCAAAGUCCCGGGCCGGUCUAGACCACCUUCAAGAGCUGAGAUUUGGGAGCUUCAGGGAAGGGAAGAGCUGCUGUUGAGGAAGGAGGUGAAUAGGAGGUUUGGAGAGAGCAGGGAACAGGUGAGGAGGGGGAGUAUGGAGGGAUUGGCUGUGGGGGGUGGGAAGGGUGGGGAGGAUAGGGGGAAUGGGACGGAGGGGGAGGGGCAAGGGGUGUUUUGUAUGCAGCUUUCUUCCUUUACUGCUGCUGAUGCUACUACCGCUACCGCUACCGCUCAUCCACCUAUCCACGACAGCCAUCAUCAUCACGAAACAGCAGACAUCUCCCCAAACCCCACUAAACAAGAAGAAGUCCCAAACCCCUCCCAUCCAUCAUCAUCAGCACCCGCCAAGCCCCCAAAACACAUGCACUCGCACACCCUCAUCUCAAUGCGCCAUCUCUCAGGCGCCGCGCUCGGAGACGCAAAGCCUCUAUUCCAGAACGCGAAAUGUCGGGAUUGGUGGGGAUAGGGAGAGGAAGAGAUAAAGAGAGUGGGAGGUGAAGUACAGAUGAAAAGGAAGGAGGGAGAGGUUGGGGUAAGUGGCAGGAGCAGAUUCGGCGGAUAGUUAGUAUUAUGGAGGUG